AAGUAAAAGCGGAAGUGAUGAAAUGAAAGGGUUGGGGUUAUGAAACACUGGCCACUACCGACUUCUAUUAUAGAAUUAAGUUGAAAAUAUACUUCAUUUAUCAGUGUCAGCACGCACUCAAGUGGCCAUGGGGAAGAUUGAGUGGGCUAUGUGGGCUAACGAGCAAGCUCUGGCUGCUGGACUCAUUUAUGCGACUGGUGGAAUCGUCGGAGUUGCCGGUCAGUUCAGAGGCUGGCAGUUUGCAGCGUUCGGCAUUGCUGCCGGUGUGUUUGUGUGUUUGCUUGAAUAUCCGCGCAGCAAACGGGGCAAAGGCACCAGCGUUGAGAGAACUGGUCAGUAUUGCUUCACAGUGUGUGUGAAGGCUUUUGGACCCCUGACCAGAAACUAUUACAUCAGAGCGUUCUUGCAUGCUGCGCUGUGUAUUCCUGGAGGGUUCAUGUUAGCCACAGUUCUGGGAAGUGUGUGUCUAGCAAUUGCCAGUUUAAUCUACCUUUCGGCAGCUAUUCAUGGAGAGCAUUGGGAGCCAAUAGUGCCCCGGACAGAGCCGCCAAAGCGUGUUGGGGAGAGCAUCAAAGAACCUCCUCGAAACCCUCCACCUCGACCUCCUCCCGAACUUCGCCGAAAGAAAGUGGAUAACUUGGAGUCUGCAGCAUAUGAAAAUCCCAUGUCUUUGACCAUCAACGAAUAAAGAUUCCAGUGUGAAAACAGGAGUGAAAACUCCUCCUUAAGGAGGCUUCAGCAACAAGUAAUUGUAAUAUGAAGCAUUUAUAUUGUAUAAAAGCACAAUAUUGAGUUUAUUUUAUAAUAUUUUGGGUAUGAUCUUGAUCAAUUUUAUACAUCCCUGUUACUUGCAUACAUUUUCAUUUUUAUUGUCACUGAUAAGAGGAGUGAUUUUUUAUGUGAAAUCAGUUUUUAUCAUCUAAUAUAAUAAUAGAAGGAAAAAUGUGUUUACUUGGCUGCUGUCAAAAUGUUAACAGUGAUUUUGUUUUUUUUACCUCAAGAGAGAGUACUUACAAUAAACUCAGGAUUUGCUUCA